GCUUCCCUGACGGAGCGACCCCAUCGUAGCCGCAGCCUCGCCAAGCCGACCGAGCGAGGCGGCUCCUCUCAACCACAGCCGCUGCUGCUGCUACUGGCCGCGCCUUAGCCCAAGGUGCUUGGAACUCUCCUGGUUCCUGGCCUCUCCAAAAGCGGCAGUUGCAGAGCUCCUCCUCGGGCAGCUGCCAUCCAUCCCUGCUUAGUGCCAUCGCCGCCUUCUUAUAAGAAUUAUUCAUGUGGUUGUGAUAUACAGCAGCAGCCAUGAAGAUAAGGCUCUGUGCAACAGCUGUAGCUGUCCUAUGUGCCAUUCUCCUCCUUCGUUCAAUUGAGGCUCAAGUUAAUCCACCUUCAGACUUGAAAUUUAAAAUUAUAGAUGAAAAUACUGUUCAAAUGUCAUGGGCAAAACCAUCUGAUGCAAUAGAAGGUUACCGGAUAACUGUGAGGUCUGCAGCUGAUGGUUCAAGUAGAGAAUUUACCUUAGCACAUACGGCUACUGAAACUUUGUUAACAGACCUCAUACCUGAUACUGAAUAUGUUGUAACAAUAAAUUCAUAUGAUAAUAUAGAUGAAAGUUUACCUGUCACUGGACAACUUACAAUUCAAACAGGUGGCUUUGUAACAACAGGAAUAAAGAAGACUGAAGAAAUUAAUUUGCAAAAAUGUUCCAUUAGUGCUGUUACAGAUCUAGUUUUUCUUGUUGAUGGUUCUUGGAGUGUGGGCAGAAAUAACUUUAAAUACAUAUUGGACUUCAUCAUUACUCUUGUAUCAGCAUUUGAUAUUGGAGAGGAGAAGACAAGAGUUGGAAUAGUCCAGUACAGCACUGAUACAAGGACUGAAUUCAAUUUAAAUCAGUAUUUCAGAAAAAGAGAUCUCAUUGAGGCAAUAAGAAGAAUACCAUAUAAAGGAGGCAAUACAAUGACAGGAGAAGCUAUUGAUUAUCUGAUUAGGAAUGCUUUUACGGCAUCUGCUGGAGCAAGAAAUGGCUUUCCCAAAGUGGCAAUUAUCAUUACGGAUGGAAAAUCUCAGGAUGAAGUAGAAAUUCCUGCAAGAGAACUUCGUAGCACUGGAGUUGAAGUCUUUUCUUUGGGAAUCAAAGCUGCAGAUGCCAAAGAGCUGAAGUUAAUGGCAUCUCAGCCCUCAUUGACUCAUGUUUUUAAUGUGGCCAACUUUGAUGGCAUUGCGGAUAUUCAGAAUGAAAUUGUCUCACAGGUGUGCUCGGGAGUUGAUGAACAGUUGGGUGACUUGGUUAGCGGAGAAGAAGCUUUAGAACCUCCUUCAAAUCUGGCAGCCUCACAAAUCUCAUCAAGAUCUAUCAAAAUCACUUGGGAUCCAUCUCCUAGUGACAUAACUGGUUAUAAGGUGGACAUUAUUCCAAUGAAAGCUGAUGCCAAACAAUUCUCAAUGAAUGUAGGACCACAAACUACUGCUUUUAAUAUAAAAGAUCUUUCAGCAGACACAGAAUACCAAAUUAAUGUGUAUGCCAUGAAAGGAUUGACUUCAAGUGAACCAGUGUCCGUAAUGGAAAAAACACAGCCAGUGAAAGUUCGUAUGGAAUGUGCACAAGGAAUAGAUGUAAAAGCCGAUAUUGUGCUUUUGGUUGAUGGCUCCUACAGUAUUGGUAUUGCCAAUUUUGCUAAAGUGAAGGCAUUUUUAGAAGUGUUAGUUAAAAGCUUCGAGAUUUCACCUGAAAAAGUCCAAAUAAGCCUUGUGCAGUACAGCAGGGAUCCAUAUACGGAAUUUCCUUUGAAUAGAUACAACAGAAUUGAAGAUGUAAUUCGAGCUAUUAACACCUUCCCCUACAGAGGUGGAUCUACCAACACAGGCAAAGCUAUGACCUACGUAAGAGAAAAAGUCCUCAUCCCAAGCAAGGGUGCAAGACCAAAUGUUGCAAGAGUCAUGAUUCUCAUUACGGACGGAAAAUCAUCCGAUGCUUUUAAAGAUCCAGCCAUAAAACUGAGGAACACAAAUGUAGAGAUAUUUGCAGUCGGUAUUAAGGAUGCUGUGCGGUCUGAGUUGGAAGCAAUUGCUAGUCCCCCUGCAGAGACCCAUGUCUACACUGUGGAAGAUUUCGAUGCUUUUCAAAAAAUAUCAUUUGAACUUACACAGUCGGUCUGUUUGCAAAUUGAACAGGAACUUGAAGUGAUUAAAAGAAAAGCUCACUUACCUGCAAGGAACUUGGAGUUUUCUGAAGUUACUUCUAACAGCUUCAAAGUUACCUGGUCUCCAGCAGGAGAAAAUGUUUUGUUUUACCUUAUCAAGUAUAAAGAGGCUCUUGGUGGAGAGGAAGUCAGUGUUACUGUACGUGCUCCAGUUACUAACACGGUCCUUACUAAUUUACUACCAAAAACUACAUAUUCUGUCAGUGUGAUUGCAGAAUAUGAAGAUGGUGACGGGCCUUCACUGGAUGGGAACGAAACAACUUUAGAAGUCAUAGGAUCUCCACGAAACCUGAAAGUAACUGAUGAAACAACGGAUAGUUUUAAAGUUGGAUGGUCACCAGCUCCAGGGAAUGUUCUCAGAUACAGACUUGCGUAUAGGCCGGUUACUGGUGGGGAAACAAAACAAGUAACCAUCCCAGCAAAUGAAAGGGCAACCACUCUACAUAAUCUGAUGCCUGAUACAACAUAUGAAGUUUCCUUAACUGCUGAGUACUUGUCUGGAGUUGGAAAUCCAUUGGAUGGACAGGGAAAAACAGAAGAAGUGCUUGGAAGACCAAGAGACUUGACAGUUUCAGAUGCUACAACAUCCUCAUUAAAAUUAUCCUGGAAUUCAGCACCUGGUAAAGUGCAGCAAUAUCUUGUCACAUAUACUCCAGUGAUUGGAGGUGAACCUAAAGAGGUAACCGUAAGGGAGGACACCACCAGUACAACUCUCACUAACUUGGAACCAGGAACAAAAUAUGAUUUGUCAGUAACUGCCCUUUAUGCAUCUGGAGCAGGAGAGGCUCUUUCUAAACAAGGAGAAACGCUUGAAGAACGUGGUUCUCCUCGUGACCUCAUUACUGGAAACAUAACUGAUACUUCAAUUGGAAUCUCAUGGACAGCAGCUCCAGGACCAGUUCAGAAUUACAAAAUUCUAUGGAAAUCCCUUUAUGAUGACCAGUCUGGGGAAACCACAGUUCCUGGAAAUGUAGUAAAUACUGUCUUAAAAAACCUUCAGCCCGAAACUAAGUACAAGAUUUCAGUCUUGGCUUCCUACAGAACUGGAGAAGGACCACCUCUAGAAGGACAAGCUACAACUGAAGUAUCACCUGGUGCAAGGACUAUUACAGUAGAUGAUGAGAAAGAGACCACAAUGAGAGUCACUUGGCAACCAGCACCUGGAAAAGUGAUCAACUAUCGUGUGGUUUACCGACCCCGUAGAGGAGGAAGACAAAUAGUUGCAAAAGUGCCUCCGACUUCUACUUCCACAGUAUUGAAACGUCUCCAACCUCUUACUACUUAUGAUAUCACUGUCAUUCCAAUGUAUAAAACUGGGGAAGGAAAACAUAGAAAAGGCGAAGGAACAACAGCUUCUCCAUUUAAACCACCCAGAAAUCUGCAGACUUCAGAUCCUACAAAGUCAAGCUUUCGUGUAACCUGGGAGCCAGCCCCUGGGGAAGUUAAGGGGUACAAAAUAACUUUCCACCCAAGUGGAGAAAACAGACAACUUGGUGAAUUAGUACUUGGGCCGUAUGACAAUACUGUUGUAUUAGAGGAGCUGAGGGCAGACACUUCCUAUAAAGUAAAUGUAUUUGGAAUGUUUGAAGGAGGUGAAAGUAUGCCUCUGAUUGGAGAAGAAAAGACAACACUUGCAGAUACUCCAGAUGUGUCAGUAUUACAUUCAGGCUUAGAAUGUAAAACCAGAACUGAAGCAGAUAUUGUAUUGCUGGUGGAUGGCUCUUGGAGCAUUGGUCGAACAAAUUUUAAAACAAUCCGGAGCUUUAUUGGUAGCAUCGUUCAAAUAUUUGAUAUUGGUCCAGACAGAGUGCAAGUUGCUCUUGCACAAUAUAGUGGAGAUCCAAGAACAGAAUGGAACCUCAAUGCCCACCCAACCAAACAGCGUUUAUUGGAUGCUGUGUCCAAUUUGCCAUAUAAAGGAGGCAACACGCUUACAGGAAUGGCUUUGAGCUUCAUCUUAAGAAACAAUUUUAAGACUGAAGCUGGCUUGAGGCCUGGAGCUAAAAAAAUUGCUGUCCUCAUUACUGAUGGCAAAUCACAGGAUGACAUAAAUGUUCCAUCAGACAGAUUGAAGGAACAAGGAGUGGAGAUCUUUGCUAUCGGUAUUAAAAAUGCGGAUGUGAAUGAACUGAAGCAGAUUGCAAGUGACCCGGAUGACACGCAUGCUUUCAAUGUUGAAGAUUUUAACCUUCUGGUUAACAUUGUUGAUAGUGUCACCAACAAUUUGUGCAAUAGCGUGAAAGGAUCAGGUGAUUUGUCUCUGCCACCCACCAAUCUAGUUACUUCUGAAGUGACCCCUCUUUCAUUUAGGGUGUCUUGGACUGCACCCACCGAGAGUGUGGAUAGAUACAGAGUUGAAUAUUACCCUACCCGAGGAGGGACACCACAGGAGGUCUUUGUAAGUCGUUCAGAGACCACUACUGUUCUCACUGGCCUCAAGCCUGAAACAGAAUAUGUUGUGAAUGUAUUUUCUAUAGUAGAAGGCACUAAUAGUGAACCAUUAAAAGGGACCGAAACAACAUUGCCAGUCCCAGCAGUGAGAAGCUUGAAUGCUUAUGAUGUCACUUCAAGGACGAUGCGUGUGCGGUGGGAACCUGUAAAAGGAGCAACUGGCUAUGUGUUAUUAUAUGAACCUGUCAAUGCCACCAUACCAGCAACUGAAAAAGAGAUGCGGGUUGGAGCAUCAGUGACCGAUGUACAGCUGGUUGACUUGAUUCCAAAUACUGAGUAUACUUUAACAGUUCAUUCAACUUUUGGUGACCUCACUAGUGAUCCACUCACUACUCAGGAAGUCACAUUACCUUUAAGUGGAGCAAAAAGAUUAAGGCUAAGUGAUAUCACUCACAGCAGCAUGAAAGUCAGUUGGGAUCGUGCUCCAGGAAAAGUUCGUAAUUACAUAGUGAAAUAUAAAGCAGCUGAAGAAGAUGAAAUAAAAGAGAUAAAAGUGGAUCCAUCUCAAACCAGCACGCCUCUUCCUGAUCUUUUUUCAAAAACACUCUACCAUGUAGAACUUGUAGCAGAAUAUGACGAAGGGCUGUCUGUGCCAGUAGCAGCAGAAGCCACCACUUUACCUGUACCAGCACCGCUCAAUUUGAGAACAGAUCAAGUAACCACAACUAGUUUCAGAGGUACUUGGGAUCAUGGAGCACCUGAUGUAGCUCUCUACAGAAUAAUGUGGGGGCCUUAUGGUGAACCUGACAAACAGGAGAUGAUUCUAAAUGGUGAUGAAAAUACGCAACUUUUUGAAAAUCUAAUCCCAGACACAUUGUAUGACAUCUCAGUUACUGCAAUUUAUCCUGAUGAAUCAGAGAGUGAUGAACUGAUUGGCAGUGAACGUACAUUGCCCCUUGUGCCUAUAACAACACCAGUACCAACGAGUCCCCCACGGAAUCUCCAGGUAUACAAUGCAACAUCUAAUAGCUUGACUGUCAAAUGGGAUCCUGCCAUUGGACGGGUACAACGCUACAGGAUCAAUUACCGACCUGCUACGGGCGAUGGUGCUGAACUUUCGUCCACAGUUGGAGGAAGCAAGAACAGCAUUGUGCUUCAGAAGCUGCGGCCUGAUACCCCUUACCGCAUUACGGUUUCUUCGAUUUACGCAGAAGGGGAUGGAGGACAAAUAUCAGGAAAGGGCAAGACCAAACCUCUCAAUACUGUAAGGAAUCUUAGAGUUUAUGAUCCAACCACUAGCACGUUGAACGUCCGAUGGGAUCACGCUGAAGGAAAUCCCCGUCAGUACAAGGUGUAUUAUAAACCUGUGGCAGGAGGAACAGAGGAAAUGGUAACUUUGCCUGGGAAUACAAACUAUGCUGUUCUAAAGAAUCUCCAGUCCGACACCCCAUACAAAGUAACCGUUGUUCCUGUUUACUCAGAAGGUGAUGGAGGCCGGGUAUCUGAUACAGGGAAAACGCUGAUGAGGGGGACACCAAGAAACAUCCAAGUUUACAACCCAACAACUAAUAGUCUUAAUGUCCAGUGGGAUGCUGCACCAGGUCCAGUGCAGCAAUACAAAGUUGUCUAUAAUCCAUUAGCUGCCACAAAGCCAUCAGAAUCUGUUAUUGUACCAAGUAAUACACGCAAUGUUUUAUUGGAACGUCUGUCUCCUGAUACUCCUUAUUCAAUAAAUGUCAUUGCUAUGUAUGGUGAUGGAGAUGGAGAUCCAAGUACAGGACAGGGAAGAACAUUGCCUCGUAGUGGACCCAGGAACAUAAGAGUAUUUGAUCCAACCACAAAUAGUCUUUCGGUUCAGUGGGAUCAUGCAGAUGGACCUGUGCAGCAGUAUAGAAUUAUAUAUAGUCCUGUUUCUGGGGACCCCAUAGAUGAAUAUACAACAGUACCUGGCAGAAUAAACACUGUAUUGCUACAGCCUUUGCAGUCAGAUACACCUUAUAAAAUUACAGUUGUAGCAGUUUAUGAUGAUGGAGAUGGUGGACAAGUCACAGGAAAUGGAAAAACAGUUGGGCUGCUUUCUCCUCAGAAUAUUCGUAUAUCUGAUGAAUGGUAUACUCGAUUCAGAGUGGCCUGGGAUCCUGUCCCAUCUCCUAUCUUAGGAUACAAAAUUGUGUAUAAAGUUGCAGGUUCGGAUGAGCCCAUGGAGGUGUUUGUUGGAGAAGUGACUUCAUAUACUUUACACAACUUAUUGCCUAGUACAUCUUACGAUGUGAACGUAUAUGCUCAGUAUGAGUCUGGACUUAGCGAACCUUUGGUUGACCAAGGCACUACACUGUACUUGAAUGUUACAGAUCUAACAAGCUAUAAUGUGGGAUGGGACACUUUCUGUAUCAAAUGGUCGGCGCAUCGGUCUGCCUCUUCUUACAGACUGAAACUAAAUCCAGCCGAUGGAUCUAGAGGUCAAGAAAUAACAGUGCGUGGAUCAGAAACCAGUCACUGUUUUACUGGGCUUUCAGCUGAUACCGAAUAUAAUGCUACUGUCUUUGUUCAGACUCCAAAUCUUGAAGGUCCUCCAGUCUCUACAAAAGAACGCACAUUAAUCAAGCCAACUGAACCUCCAACACAACCACCUACGCCACCUCCACCUCCAACAAUCCCACCUGCACGGGAUGUAUGCAAGGGAGCCAAAGCUGAUAUAGUCUUCCUCACUGAUGCUUCUUGGAGUAUUGGAGAUGAAAAUUUCAACAAAGUAGUGAAAUUCGUUUUCAACACGAUUGGGGCAUUUGACCUAGUAAAUCCAUCUGGAAUUCAGGUUUCUUUUGUGCAAUACAGUGAUGAUCCAAAAUCUGAGUUCAACUUGAAUACAUAUGAUGAAAAGGCCCAGGCCCUGGGAGCUCUUCAGUAUAUUCAAUACAGAGGAGGGAACACAAAAACAGGAAAGGCACUUGCAUUUAUCAAAGAAAAGGUGCUUACCUGGGAAAGAGGCAUGAGGAAAGGAGUUCCCAAAGUCCUGGUUGUCGUAACAGAUGGUCGAUCACAAGAUGAAGUGAUGAAAGCUGCAGCUGUCAUACAGCAGUCUGGUUUCAGUGUAUUUGUUAUUGGUGUAGCUGAUGUUGAUUACCAUGAACUAGCCAAAAUGGCAAGUCAGCCGAGCGAACGUCAUGUCUUUAUAGUUGAUGACUUUGAUGCUUUUGAGAAGAUUGAAGAUAACCUUAUCACUUUCAUUUGUGAGACAGCUACCUCAACUUGUCCUCUCAUGUACUUAGAUGGAUACACUUCUCCUGGCUUCAGAAUGCUGGAAGCUUACAAUUUAACAGAAAAAUAUUUUGCUUCAGUACCUGGAGUUUCCUUGCAGUCAGGAUCUUUCCCAAGCUACGUGUCAUACAGGCUUCAUAAAAAUGCUUUUGUUAGCCAGCCUACUGUGGAUAUUCAUCCAGAUGGAUUAUCAAAGGCUUACACAAUCAUAUUUUUAUUCCGUCUUCUCUCGGAAACCUCAAAUGAACCAUUUGCAAUUUGGCAGAUAACUGACAGAGAUUACAAACCACAAGUUGGAGUUGUUCUUGAUCCUUCUAGCAAAGUGCUAUCAUUCUUUAACAAGGACACAAGAGGAGAAAUUCAGACUGUAGCAUUUGAAGGUGAUGAAAUAAAGAAACUCUUUUAUGGAAGUUUCCACAAGGUUCAUCUUGUUAUAACAUCCACAAGUGCUAAGAUUUAUAUUGACUGUGUUGAAAUUAUGGAAAAGCCUAUUAAGGAAGCUGGAAAUAUCACAACCGAUGGCUAUGAAAUCCUUGGUAAAUUACAGAAAGGUGAUAAGAAAACAGCACCAUUUGAUAUACAGAGCUUUGACAUGGUGUGCAAUGCGGUUUGGACCAGCAGAGAUAGAUGCUGCGACAUUCCUUCUAAGAGGGAUGAAGCGAAAUGCCCAUCAUUGCCGAAUGCUUGUACAUGUGUACAAACCAGUGUGGGGGCUCCGGGACCUCCAGGACCUGCUGGAGCCAGAGGUUCCAGUGGUGCAAGGGGCGAAAGAGGCUUAAGUGGACCUCCUGGGCCACCAGGUGUUCGUGGAGAUUCAGGCCCUCCAGGCCCUCAGGGGCCACCAGGACCCCAAGGAAUAAAUGGGCUUUCCAUCACAGGAGAUCCUGGACGUCAAGGGCCAAAGGGUAACCCUGGAGAACCCGGACUUCCAGGGCGAUCAGGAUCACCAGGCCUAAGUGGUCCUCCUGGUGCAAUGGGACCCCCAGGUGACAGAGGUUUUACAGGAAAAGAUGGCCCAUCAGGACCAAGAGGUCCCCCAGGACCAGCGGGUGCCCCAGGAGUGCCUGGAGUUGCUGGUCCAUCUGGAAAACCAGGCGAUCGUGGUUCACCGGGGCCAGCUGGAUUGAAAGGUGAAAAAGGUGACCGAGGAGAUAUUGCUUCCCAGGGUAUGAUGCGAGCUGUGGCAAGACAAGUCUGCGAACAAAUGAUCAACAGCCAAAUGACCCGAUUUAACCAGAUGCUGAAUCAAAUUCCAAACGAUUACCAUUCAACUCGCAGCCAGCCUGGACCUCCAGGGCCACCAGGUCCCCCUGGACCUCCUGGGACCUCAGGAGAACCUGGUAGUGGAGGCAGGCCAGGAUUUCCGGGCACACCUGGCAUGCAAGGAUCCCCUGGCGAGCGAGGACUGCCCGGAGAGAAAGGUGAAAGAGGAAUUGGAAUACAAGGACAACGAGGUUCGCCAGGGUCACCAGGUCCACAAGGAGAAUCCAGAAUUGGCCCACCAGGUUCUACAGGUUCCCGAGGUCCACCUGGGCCACCUGGCCGACCUGGUAAUGGUGGUAUCAGAGGGCCUCCUGGCCCCCCUGGAUACUGUGAUUCAUCCCUGUGCGCUAGCAUUGCUUACAAUGGUCAAGGAUACCCAGAGUCCUAUGUACCUGACAGUGGACCAUAUCAGCCUGACAGUGAGGCCUACAUAGUACCAGUGGAACCUGAAAGAAGAGCUGAGGACUAUGAGGACUAUGGAUCUGAUAUGCAUUCACCUGGGUUCCCUGAACACAUGCGCUGGAAACGUUCCUUAUCAAGAAAAGCAAAAACAAAACCAUAAAUGUCUUAUUUUCUCACUUCUCUCUCUCCCCACCCACCCCUCUCCCUUUGGGUAUUUGUUUUUGUUGUUGCCAUUCUCUCAUAUGUAGAUAUGAUAUUCCUCCUACCGUGUUUCCAAGCAGAAGUACAACUUAAUCUUCUGAGAAUAUCUGGCGUAUGUGGGAAUAGCAAUAGAGGUUCUACACAUUUCAUUCUCUCUCUCUUGGAAUGCCUGUAAUAUACCUAUGCUUCAGGUGGCUGCAUUAAACCUUAACAAGUGCAUCAAAAUGAUUGCAAGGCUAUGGUUCUUUUAAUAAAUUAAAAAUAUAACAACCAUAAAAAAAUCCCACCUUCUUCACAGCUACUUCAAGUAAUCUAGAGGCUGUAUAGCUCAGCAACUAAAGGGCUUGGCCUUAUAAUUUUCUUCCUUGUCAAAUCACUUGCUGGGUAAUUCAGUCACUGUUACCAAUUUACAACGCCUAAUAAAAGAAGAAAUUUCUCUUUCCACAUAAGCAAUUUCUUCUACUUUUGCAUAUAUCUUGCAGGGCAUUAUACAGCUUUUAUGCGUCUCUUUUAACAAUCACAAACUUUUAAAUAAUAAUAAGCUGGCAUCCUUGUAUCAACUGGAUACAAUUUUAAAAGAAGUAAUGGCUUAAUUUUCCUUGUUUUAGAGACCUUAACAUUUAUGCCAAAUUGCAGUCAAUCCUGCAGAGAUGGAAUUGCAUGUUUGUGUUGUAUAUUUAGUUAUGAUUCCCCUUCUCUCCAGAAUAUAAUGUUUCAUAG